AAGCCUCUAGUUGCGUAGCCGUGUGUUCUAGGAUAUCCGAAGAAAUUGCGUAAGCGCUUAGCCAAAAUUGCUGUGUGACGGCAAACCCUCGUUAUAAAUACAGAGAGCCCCCCUUCUACUUAAUCCCAAAUUCAUCAUCGUUUUUUGCUCAAAGACAAGAAAAUCAUCUCCUUUCAAUUCUCUCAAUAUAUAUUAAUCUCCUCUCUCAAGAUGCAGAUCUUUGUUAAGACACUCACCGGAAAGACCAUCACUCUUGAAGUUGAGAGCUCAGACACCAUUGAUAAUGUCAAAGCUAAGAUUCAAGACAAGGAAGGCAUUCCCCCUGAUCAGCAGAGGCUGAUCUUUGCCGGAAAACAGCUUGAAGAUGGCCGAACACUUGCUGACUACAACAUACAGAAGGAGUCUACCCUCCAUCUUGUCCUCCGUCUCCGUGGUGGAAUGCAAAUCUUUGUUAAAACUCUGACCGGGAAGACUAUAACUCUUGAGGUCGAGAGCUCAGACACCAUUGAUAAUGUCAAGGCAAAGAUUCAAGAUAAGGAGGGUAUUCCUCCGGAUCAACAAAGGUUGAUUUUUGCUGGCAAGCAACUUGAAGACGGUAGAACUCUUGCUGACUACAACAUCCAAAAGGAGUCCACCCUUCACCUUGUCCUCCGCCUUCGUGGUGGUAUGCAGAUCUUUGUCAAGACACUUACCGGCAAGACCAUCACACUUGAAGUUGAAAGUUCAGAUACAAUUGACAACGUGAAGGCAAAAAUUCAGGAUAAGGAAGGAAUUCCUCCAGACCAGCAGAGACUGAUCUUUGCCGGAAAGCAACUUGAGGAUGGAAGGACCCUGGCCGACUACAACAUUCAGAAAGAGUCAACCUUGCAUCUUGUUCUUCGGUUGAGGGGUGGCAUGCAAAUAUUUGUCAAGACAUUGACAGGGAAGACAAUAACUUUGGAGGUUGAGAGUUCAGAUACUAUCGACAAUGUUAAAGCAAAGAUCCAAGACAAGGAAGGUAUUCCUCCAGACCAGCAAAGAUUGAUCUUUGCUGGGAAGCAACUUGAGGACGGAAGGACCUUGGCAGAUUACAACAUUCAGAAAGAAUCAACCCUGCACCUUGUUCUUCGUCUUAGAGGUGGCAUGCAAAUUUUUGUCAAGACUUUGACUGGGAAGACAAUUACGUUGGAGGUUGAGAGUUCGGAUACCAUUGACAAUGUCAAAGCAAAGAUUCAAGACAAGGAGGGUAUCCCCCCAGACCAGCAGCGUUUGAUCUUUGCUGGUAAACAACUCGAGGAUGGCAGGACUCUUGCAGACUAUAACAUCCAGAAGGAGUCAACUCUCCAUUUGGUGUUGCGUUUGAGGGGAGGGAUGCAGAUCUUCGUGAAGACUCUGACUGGAAAGACAAUCACAUUGGAGGUGGAGAGCUCAGAUACGAUUGACAAUGUGAAAGCAAAGAUACAGGAUAAGGAAGGGAUUCCACCAGAUCAACAGAGGCUCAUCUUUGCUGGUAAGCAGCUUGAAGAUGGCCGCACCCUUGCAGACUACAAUAUCCAGAAAGAGUCUACUCUUCAUCUCGUCCUCAGGCUCCGUGGUGGAGACUUCUGAAUUUCAUGUGCGCUAAUACUGCUUUUAUAAUUGUGUCAAUGUUGCUUUGUUGUUUUGUUUUGAGACUUACGAGUUUUUGUUUUGGUUUUAUCUUUCUGUUAGAGACUUCGUAAUGUAUUA